AUGUCCGCGCCAGCUCCGCCCGUGCUGAUCCAGUCUACGAACGAUACCGGGACCGCCAUCCCCGAGUACGACGGUGAUGUACAACGAAAUGUCCAAACGUGGAUUACGCAGGUGGAACGUAUUGCUGCACUGACCCACUGGUCCCCAUCAUUGACCCUCGCAACGGCGGCAACCCGGCUGCAGGGUGCCGCAAAGGACUGGCACAGCUCUUAUGGCAUGGCUUGUGAAACGCAAGCCAACUGCUUCCUGCAAUCGACGGGCGGCACCGUACCCAUCGUGACGGGCUUCGUUGAGAGCCGACAGGUCAGAGUCUGCAUAGACAGCGGCUCCAACGUCUCCGUCCUCGGCGAGAGCUCCGUGGGCCCUGAGGGUCAUCCCCGACCUUGGACGUCUCCCGAAACGAUAGAAGUGCUCGACCGGUGCAUCAGACCGGCGAGAGUGGCGACUCUGAACGUGACCGUCGGAACAUCGACCGUGCUGCUCGAGGAGUUGGUGAUCGCGCCCUUGCCAGGUGCCAUCGACCUGAUUCUUGGUUUGGAGUGGCGCCGCGCUGCGAACGUUCACGUCACGUUCCACACCACUAACAACGUCACCCUCGUCCCGGUUCAGGCAUCGGUCUUGUAUGCGUGCAAUGCCUUCGUCGUCAACGGGAUAACACCUCUCUCGGACGGUGGAUGCUCGGAGCUUCGCUGCGGCAUUAUCGCAUCGACGCGCAUGAACCCGGACAGCGAUUACGCUACAGCGUUCACGGAAAGCUGCACGGUACUGCUGCCAACGCCACACGUGGAAGCCACCUUCUGCGCAUCUUCGUCGAGCACAAUGACCACGGUAUCCGCCCCCAACAAGGACCUGCUGCUGCCUAUAAAUUGGAGCGCACCGAGGGACAGCUUCAGUGGGCACGGCAACACAGCCGUGACUAUGUCACCCAACAUACCGCUCUUUGUGCAGGUCUUGUAUGCGUGCAAUGCCUUCGUCGUCAACGGGAUAACACCUCUCUCGGACGGUGGAUGCUCGGAGCUUCGCUGCGGCAUUAUCGCAUCGACGCGCAUGAACCCGGACAGCGAUUACGCUACAGCGUUCACGGAAAGCUGCACGGUACUGCUGCCAACGCCACACGUGGAAGCCACCUUCUGCGCAUCUUCGUCGAGCACAAUGACCACGGUAUCCGCCCCCAACAAGGACCUGCUGCUGCCUAUAAAUUGGAGCGCACCGAGGGACAGCUUCAGUGGGCACGGCAACACAGCCGUGACUAUGUCACCCAACAUACCGCUCUUUGUGCAGGUUAGUAAUGCGAAAUACUGUUUCCGUAGUGACGACCUUUGUCUUAUAGUGUUGCCGUGCCCACACACCAUGUUAUGCAACUUUUCGGAGUGUCUAUCGCUUGUGGGUUUGCUUCUUAAGCUGUCGGGCGACGUAGAAGAAAAUCCUGGACCGGUAACGGAAGCGAUGUUUGCAAAUGUAAUCCAGAACCAGAAAGAGAUCCUGUCGAAACUUACUGAGGUUCAGUCAAAUCAGGCUAGCUCUGAAACAAGAAUGCUUGAAAUGCAAAAACGACUUCUUGCAAUAGAACAGAAACUACAAAGCUUUGACGAUACUCAGCUCCGGCUCACAAACGUUGAAGCGCUUGUUGACAGGUGGGAUGAAAGCGCGACGAGCCUUGUUAGACAGGUUGAUGAUUUGGACAACCGUUCUAGAAGAAAUAAUUUAAUAAUUAGAGGCAUGCAAGAAGGCGUGCAGGAGAAUGAAGUUGCACUGAUGAAAAAAGUCACUGAAGAAGUUUUCAGAGACAUUCUGAAGGUGCAAGUAAGCUCCAUUGAAAGAAUUCACAGGCUUGGAAAGAAAACACCUGGUAGAAACCGCCCAAUUAUCUUUCGGCUAGCGGACUUCAGGGAGAAAGUAAAGAUUUUGAGCAAUUGUACCAAGCUUAAGGAUACAGAGAUAAGCAUUAGCGAAGAUUACUCCAAACGUGUAGUAGAAUUUAGAAAGAAACUGUGGGACUCGUGUGCCGAGGAAAGAAAAGAAAGUCGUAGGGCCAAACUUGUCUUUGAUAAACUGAAAAUUAAUAAUAUAUUGUAUGGAUGGGAUGAGGAUAAAAACUUGAGGUACCAAACUUUGAGGGUAAUUGAAACUGGCAACUGA